GUGCUGCAGGACUCCGUGAGAGAAGCAGAGGAAAGAGAGAGACGGACCCAUCAGCCCCCAGAUCUGCUUAAACAAAUCGCCGCCCCUUGCAAGGGAGGGAAAAGGAGAGAGCGGGCAAAACCAGACCUAAAGACAAAAUAAAAGGCAGAGAAAGGAAAAUCCAGCGGGGAGCAAAAAGCAGCCCCCGGACGCACCCUUUCGAGGCUGUACUCUCAGGGAGGAGGAGAGGGGGGAGUGUUGUGUGUCUGUGCCUGUGUGUGUGUGUGAGCACCGAUCCCGGCCCGUUAGGAAGAAGGGGUGUUUCCCCCGCCUCCCCUUGCCCUCCUCCCCUCCUUCCCUCCCUCUUUUCCCUCCCUCUCUCCCUCGGCGCGGCCCGGCGGGGGGAGCGGGCGGCCGCAGCCCCGCAUCCCGCCGGAGCUCCGGCACCAGCUCGGGCCCGCUCCGGAGACCAGAGAGCAGCCGGAAUAAAGGGAACAGCUUCCUCGCCGCCAAACCAGCGCUGUUCUCGUCGCGGGGUUUUGCUCUUUCUUUCUUUUCUUGCCUUUUUUUUAUUUCCUCCCCCCUUAAUUUUUUUUUUUUUUUUUAAACUCGCCGGGAAAAGCAAAACCGAAAACGCUUCUACCCUCCUCUUCUUCGCCCCGCUUCAAAAGGCCCCCAAACAACCAACAGCAACAAGCAGAGAGCAAAAAGCCCACCCUCAAAAAAAAAAAAAAAAAAAAAAAAAAAAAAAGGAAAAGAAAAAGCGAGAGAGCCAAAGACGAGCUCCAUCGAUUUCAAAUCCAGGAUUUUAUCCAGUGCAUUGAUUUUUUUUCUUCCCCCCCCCUUUUUUUUUCUCCUUCCCCCCUUUCCUCCUUUCUUUCACCCCCCUUUCUCCUUCUCCCCCUUCCCACCCCCCUUUUCCUUUUUCAUUUUAUUUUGGAUCCUGCUAAAAUUAGCCGGGACUGCUCUGGGUGUUGCGUGUUAAUUUGAUUUACUCCGGGAUUCCGGCUUCCAAGACGCCAUUUUCCCCCCUUCUCGCUCUAUCUCGCUCUAUUUAUCUAUAUCUAUCUAUCAUCUAUCUGCCGAGCUAUCUAUCCGUCUGUCUGUCCGUCCACCUCCCUCUCCCCGAGUGCCUUCCCUCCUCCCCCUCCGCCCUCCUCGCUCUCCGCUCUGCGUGUGCUGCGCGGCCGUGCGCUCCCCUAAUCUGACAGAUGAACACCGCCAUGGGUUUGCCGCAACACAAGCAAAAGCACCUUUGGGGGCUGUGGCGAGGGAUUGAAACCGGGAUCUAAAGAGAAGACACAAGAAAAGGGGGAAUCCGAGGGAGGAGGAAGAAAGAAAAAGAGGAAGCUGCUAAGAAGACCCCCGCUGCCUUUUUGGGGAUAUGGUGGCAGAUCUGGUCUCUUCUGAGCAACCCACAGCCUCUGGGACAUCCAGACCUUGAAUUCAGCAGACAGAUAUCAUUCGUUUCCUGGGAUCGUACGUGCCCUUGCUCUCCUCAUCCCCUCCUGCGCUCCCCUUCCCUCUGAUAAAACUCCAGGGCAUUGCUGUAUUGCUAUGGAGCCCAGGGAGACUUUGGGCAGCUCCCGGCAAAGGGGAGGAGAGGCAGACUUCCUGCCAGCCACUGUCACCUCCGUGAAGCCUCCUCCUGCCUCUGGCUGCACAGGGGAGACGAUGCUGACCACACCGGGCUCGGGGAAAGGGAUAGCGGUGAGCAGCGAGAGGCUGGAGCCUGAGGAAGAGGAUGAGCUGGGUUCUGGAAGAGACGUGGAUUCCACUUCCAAUGCGGACAGUGAGAAAUGGGUGGCGGGAGACGGCUUGGAGGAGCAGGAGUUUUCCAUCAAGGAGGCUAACUUCACAGAAGGGAGUUUAAAGCUAAAGAUCCAAACCACCAAGAGAGCUAAGAAGCCCCCAAAGAACUUGGAGAACUAUAUUUGCCCUCCCGAGAUCAAAAUCACCAUCAAGCAGCCUGGGGAGCAGAAGUUUUCCAGAGCUGGGAAAAAUAGUAAAGCAGCUAAAGAAGAGGACAGAUCACACUCUAAAAAGAAAGGAAAAGUCAUUGGAGAUACGAAACUGCUUAUGAGUUGUGGUUGCAGAAAAGGGAAAAAUGCUCAAGUGAAAGACUCAGAUCAGAGUCAGAUGAAGAAUUUGGGACGAGACUGUGGGUUCCCUGUGCAGAGUUCAGUGACGAAAUCUGUGAACAAGGUGUAUGAAAGGCCACAAAAACAUCCUACUCUGCACUACGAUCCCGGCCUCCAACAAGACUUCACCGGUGACACCUUAAAAUCAAAGCACCAGCAGAAAAGUAGCAACCAGCACCACCUUGACUGGUCAACGAGCUCCGACACUGGAUCCACUUCUCAAAGUUGCUUCAUGAACACAGAACCCAGUCGAGAAGCAAUUAGUGCCACCAAGGUCUCCACUCCAGAGCCAGGAGUUUCCUUCAGCAAAUCCCAAACAAAGAAGUCCUGCACCAGCACGUGGGGGCAGCUUUCAGCCAGUAGUAAGGAGCUUGCCAUUUGCAGUGCGGUCCCAUCACCCAACAACAUCAGCAUGGCCACCCAGCCCAGCAGUGCCUCUGAGUGCAAUGGGCUUUUGCCACUUGGUGAUCCAGAGGGAAGCAUGCAGCUGGAGGUCCCCGAUCAGCCCUCUGGGAGUACAAAGAAGAAGUCCAGCAAAAAGGACUUGUUAAGUCAAACGAUCCAAACCACAGACAUCGAAUGGGUGAAGAGUGCUCAGAAAGCAUUUGACAGCAAAUCCCAUGACAGCAUGGAAGGGAAAAAGGAGUCUUACUCGAUGGAAAGUCUAUUGGAUACAUCACCCUUGAAGCAGAAUCCCACUUCUGCUAGCAGUUGUGAAAGCGACACCAGUCACGUACGAAUUACUAUCCCAAUAAAGUCUCCGACAACAGAUGCAUCUGGCCACAAAAGGAAAAAAAGGCAAUCCACAAAAUCUUCUAUUGAGAAAACUAUUCAGGAGAAAAGCCUGCCUCCUGGGCUUACUAUGAGCAGUGAAGUAGCAAACAGGACUAGCUCUCAACCAGAGGGAAGUAAAAAAGAUCUUAGAGCCACAAAGCCAGGGAAAGUGAUCGAAAAUGAGUCCCCCUUAGCAGCUAUUGACAGCGGCAUGCUUACUGACAGAGCUUCCCCCAACAGUGCCACCAGACUCAGAAAACCAGUAGCUCUGACAUCCACUCUCCUACCCACCGAUCUUCCCACAGCUGGCAAAUUAUCUGAGGUCCAGCACCCCAAACAUGCGGCUAAGCGGCGAUGGACCUGCAGCAAGCCUAAAUCUAUCCUUCGGGAGACCUCCAUGACGACAUCUGAGAAGCUGAUGGUGGAGCCUCCUUCAGCCUAUCCCAUCACACCAUCCAGCCCUCUGUAUACCAAUACUGACAGUCUUACUGUGAUCACACCUGUCAAGAAAAAAAGAGGACGACCAAAGAAACAGCCUCUGCUCACUGUUGAAACCAUUCAUGAGGGGACCUCCACCAGCCCAGUGAGUCCAAUCAGUCGUGAAUUUCCAGGAACAAAGAAAAGGAAAAGGAGACGGAAUCUGGCCAAGUUGGCCCAGAUGGUUCCAGGAGAGGACAAGUCAAUCAGUGAACUUAAGUUUCACAAAAAGGUCGGGAAGCUUGGGGUCUUGGAUAAGAAGACCAUCAAAACCAUUAAUAAAAUGAAGACCCUCAAGAGGAAGAAUAUUCUUAAUCAGAUCUUGUCCUCCUGCUCCAGCAGCAUAGCUCUGAAGGCAAAAGUCCAGCCACCAUCUAGUGCUGGGCCAACCACUAUUGAUGCCAGACUAGGAAAGCAGAUCAAUGUCAGCAAGAGGGGAACAAUCUAUAUUGGCAAAAAACGGGGCAGAAAGCCAAGAGCAGAGCUGCAGCCUCAGACAGAAGAACCUAAGACAGCCAUCAAGCACUCAAGGCCUGUUUCCAGCCAGCCAGAAAACCCAGCAGUGCCUUCCAACCUGCAGUCACUUGUGGCAUCGUCACCAGCAGCUAUUCAUCCUCUUUCGACACAAUUAGUCGGGACUAAUGGCAACCUUAGCCCUGCAAGCACUGAAACUAAUUUUUCAGAGCUAAAAACUAUGCCAAAUCUUCAACCUAUCAGUGCUCUUCCUACAAAAACCCAGAAAGGAAUGCACAGUGGAACUUGGAAGCUGUCUCCACCCAGGUUAAUGGCUAAUUCACCUUCCCACCUCUGUGAAAUAGGUUCUCUGAAAGAAGUCACGCUGUCUCCGGUGAGUGAGUCUCACAGUGAGGAAACCAUACCGAGCGACAGUGGGAUAGGUACAGACAACAACAGCACUUCUGACCAAGCCGAGAAAAGCUCAGAGUCCCGCCGGAGAUACUCCUUUGAUUUCUGCACCCUGGACAAUCCAGAGGCUAUCCCAUCUGACACCAGCACAAAGAACAGGCAUGGUCACCGGCAGAAACAUCUCAUAGUGGAUAACUUUCUCUCUCAUGAGAGUAUUAAAAAGCCAAAGCACAAAAGGAAAAGGAAAAGCCUGCAGAACAGAGAUGACCUCCAGUUUCUAGCAGACCUUGAAGAACUCAUCAAUAAGUUUCAAGUGUUCAGGAUUUCCCAUAGAAGUUACACAUUUUAUCAUGAAAAUCCAUACCCCAGCAUCUUCCGGAUUAAUUUUGAUCACUACUACCCUGUGCCAUAUAUCCAGUAUGACCCAUUGCUCUAUCUUCGCAGGACCUCUGACAUGAAGUCUAAGAAGAAGCGUGGUAGACCUGCCAAAACCAAUGACACCAUGACAAAGGUGCCUUUUUUACAAGGGUUCGGUUACCCUAUUCCCAGUGGGAGUUACUAUGCACCCUAUGGAAUGCCUUACACAUCAAUGCCUAUGAUGAAUCUUGGUUACUAUGGUCAGUAUCCAGCUCCUUUGUACCUGUCUCACACGCUCGGAGCGGCUUCCCCGUUUAUGAGACCGACUGUGCCCCCUCCCCAGUUCCAUGCAAGCUCUCAUAUGAAGAUGUCCACCACUGCCAAGCAUAAAGCGAAACAUGGAGUGCACCUGCAAACACCUGUGGGAAUGGGCCUUGGAGACAUGCAGUCCUCUUUGGCUUCUCCAAAGGUUGGAGGAACAAGCCUCUCAAGUGGCCGACUUCACAAAAGGAAACACAAACAUAAGCACAAGCAUAAGGAUGAGAGGAUAUUGGGGACUCAUGAAGAUCUGAGUGGUCUCUUUGCUAGCAAGCCCACUAGCUUCUCUAGCCAUGCGAUCAAUGAAAGGCUAAGCGGCUCAGAUAAAGACCUCUCCUUGCUGAGCGAGAAAAGCAAGCAUAAGGAGAAGCAGAAGCACCAGCAUUGUGAAACCGGACACAAAGGCUCAAAGAGUAACUUUGAAGUGGAUACGCUGUCUACGUUAUCACUUUCUGAUGCCCAGCAGUGGACACAGAGUAAAGAUAAAAAUGACUUAAGCAAUGAUCCCAUUGACUCUUGCACAAAGAGAUACUCUGGUAAUACUGAGAGUAAUGGAAGGUCAGAGUCCCUGGACAUGUUUGGUGAAAUGAAUUCCUCAAGUGAGAAGCGGGACAAUGAUUCAAGUGGGAAUAGAAGAAGAAGCUUUGAAGGGUUUGGAACCUACAGGGAAAAGGACAUUCAGCCCUUCAGGACAAAUAGAAAGGAUAGAAGUACUUAUGAUUCUUCAGCCUCUUCAGGAAUUGCAGGUCCCCACUUAAAAGCAGACCAGACUUCACUUCAUGGUAAAAUGGAAAGUUCUGCCUGUAACAUGAUGACCAGAAGGAAACCAGCAGCUGUUGACAGUGUUGCAAUGUCGACUCCAGUGUUAUCUCUUUUACCUUCAUCAUCAGCAACAUCUGAAGCAGCCAGCUCACCACUGAAGAAAAGGUUCAAGCGCCGUGAAAUUGAGGCAAUCCAGUGCGAAGUGCGCAAGAUGUGCAACUACACCAAGAUCCUGUCCACAAAGAAGAACCUGGAUCAUGUGAACAAGAUCCUGAAAGCCAAGCGGCUGCAGAGACAAUCAAAGACAGGCAAUAACUUCGUCAAGAAGCGGAGAGGGCGUCCUCGGAAGCAACCCCUUUCCUUCGAUGAAGACUCCAGAGACCAAAUGCCAGUUCUGGAAAAAUGCAUUGACCUUCCCAGCAAACGAGGUCAGAGACCGACACUCAACCCUUUGAUAUUGGAGCAAGCAGCCACUCAAGACACAAUCAUGGCCACCAUUGAGGCUGUCAUACACAUGGCUCGAGAGACGCCACCCCUGCCGCCUCCUCUUCCUCCUCCUCCUCCUCCGCCUCCUCUCCCUCUGCCCCGGAUGCCCCGGGUUGGGAAAAGAAAAAGCAAGACCAUGCAGGAGGAAGAGGAAGACGUGAAAGUGAAGCGGCACCGGAAAGGCAAGGGGAGUGAAAAUGAAGGCCUUCCGUAAGGCCAGAGCACCUCACCAGAUAGUGGGGUGUUGGUAGCGGGGCACACCAGACUGAAGGACUGGAGGAGCACAGUCCACUUUGCCCCUGCGGCAACAACAGACUUUUUCAUUUCUUCGGUGGCCAGAGCCCAUUGUGGAAAUCUGUGCCAGCCGGGAUUCACAUCUUCCUCUUCAUCGCUUUUGCCUCAGCCCCCCCCCAAAAAAAGGGGGAAAGGCUGUGGGAAAGGUUGGGGAUAAGGGGGGAGGGGGGUGUGUUUCAACGUUGGGGAUAGCAUCUACUUUACACAGUUUCCAAAACUAAUCAGCAUCUCAGCAUUGCUGUUCUCAUACCGUAACCUGGAGGUGGGAGGUCAUCCUCGCAGAGAGCUGAACGUUGUCACUAGAGCUGUGUGCUCGACUCUGAUUCUGUUUGGCGGGCCAGGUGAAACUAAGAGUAACCAUACCAUAGAAGAAAUCACUGUAAAAAGGAAAAAAAAAUAAACAAAAAAAAAAAAAAUAAAACAACCACAUAAAAAAAAAAAAAAAAAAAAAGAAUAGUGUGAUUUUCUCAACUGUGAUCUUGGUUAUAAUCUGUUUGAUUUUUUUUCUUUUUUUUCCAGUUUUAUAUACCUACCAGGCUUUGGGCCAGCAUAACCCAAAACGCCUGACUCCUGCUAGAAAUAUAUUUCUGUCUCAUUUACUUGCCUAGUUACAACUAGCUGCAAUAUAGGCAAUAGAAAAGUAGAGCCUUACACACGUGCACACUCAUUCCGAGUGCUAUUCCAAGGAACAACAGACUAUCACAACAUUUGAAAUAAGGUAUACAUGGAUAGCACGUUUCUAUGAAGCAACUUGGCAUUUUCAAUGGCAUGUGAAAAAGAGGUCAUGCAUCAACCAAGUUGUUUUCAUGAUCAGAGCAUAUGACUAGAGAACAGCAAGACACUUCUGGGGAAUAUAGUUAUAGUAAACGUGGACAAAAUCACCAAAAAAAGAAUAUAAAAAAGAUAAAAGAUUAAAAAAAAAAAAAAAAAAAAAACAGAACAGAAAAAAUAGAGUAAAAAGACAGGGCCCAAACCUACCAGUUCUUGCCACCUGCAAUUCCCAGUGAAAUUGACGGGAAUCCCAGGAUCCAAAUAAUUUGCAUUGGGUAGCAAUGCCUUGAUAUGUUCUUUUAAAGAAAAUAGAUAAAGUAGAUUGUUAAAAAAAAAAAAGGAAUACAAAACCUUAUGGAAAAUAGGUUCUUUCUUGGCAAUUAUUUCUUAAAAAAGAAAAAAGAAUAAGUGUUCUUAUCUGAAAAUAAAAAUAAAAUGUUCAAAGGGUAUCACCACUGCAAUUGUAUUAAUGCCACUUUGGACAUGUUCUCCAAGUUGUGGUUGCCUUAAUAAACUAAAAAAAAAAAGAUUUUUUUUUGUACAUACUGUAAUUAUAAAGCUCUCAGUCUGCAUGGAUGCAAACUGUGUGUGACAAAUCGUCUCUUUAAAUGGUCAGUUCAAAUUGUACAUUUCUCAUUCAAGUUGUACGUUAGCCAUCAAGUUAACUUGGGCAAAAUGCCCAAGCUCCAUUUCCACAGCCCAGUUAAAAAGUUUAACUAAAACAAAGACUGAAUGUGAAACUGUUCCAUUGCAGUAACAAUGAGUUAGAAAAGAAGCCAGUUGUUGAAAUUUGAAAUAGGUACUUUCAAUUUUGUUUCAUUUCUUUUUAAAGCCCUUCAGUACACUUAACACCUGGCAUGGCAAGAUGGAUAUUAAAAUGGGAGGGGGGAGGGAAAAUUCCAGCAAGGGAGAGGGGAUAGAAAUUAUUUAACGAUUCACAAGCCAACUGCUAUUCCCUUUUUUGAGAAAUCUUUGAACUGGCUUAUUGCCAAGAAAACUUCAAAUAGCACGACACUAAAUAAAUACAAAACAAACAAACAAACAAAAAAAAAAAAUCCCCAAGAGCAAAUCCAACAGAAAAAGUUACCACAAAAAAAUAUUGUGUUUCUAUUUUGUUAUUUAUUUACAAAAAUCAUAUCAAGACUACGGUGUUAAAGGGACACUGUAAACAUACAGCUCAUUAUUUUUAGAGACUGAUUUUUCUUCUGUGAUAGCACCUUAGGUUAUUAAAACUGAAUGCAUUUGGUGUUUGGAUUGGGCUGGGGGGCUGGGAGAAGGUUGGGUUUUGGUUUUUUUAAAGGCUGGAACAAACAUUAGUAUCUCCUUAAAACUGAUAAGAGGGAUUGCAGAAUUAUGUUUUGAAUUUGUUUUGCAUCAUUCAUCAUUUGCGCUUUUUGUUUUCCAAUUAAUGCAGCUUAGAAAUAAACUGGCCGGUCGCUCAUUCUGCUACAAAAAAUUUUGUUUUUCAGUUGUCUUGAAUUAGCACAGUGUUACUGACUGAAGUCAUAGGCCUGCAAAAAAAAAAAAUGUUUAAACCUCCUUGAGCUCCUCCCUUCUUCCUUAAAAAGCAUUGGAUGAGGUUUGGUUGAUUCAGAAAUCUCUUUUUUUUCCAUCUCUCCUUUAGGCCUGCAAAUAGGUGACAGUGUCACUUAAAAUGCAAGAAAAACUGUAAAUUUGGUAUCCAUGUACCCUAUAAGCUGAAACUAAGCCAGACAACAACACGUUUAGUUUUACCUUCAGUGAUUGUUUUAUUAGCAUUGAAGGAUAUUUCAAUGUGGAGUGAGUGGAGCAAAGGUCUGAAAAGGCCAAGUUCUGUCAUUGAACGCCUGUCAUGGUUUCAAGAUGUGUCAGACCUCACAGAGUGUCAAUAAGAUCUGGAUUUGGGAUUCCAGAUGCACUGGGAUAUGUCCCGCCUAGGGAAGGAUCACUGCUAGGGAAAGGCUGCUGCCUCCCAUGUUCCUGAGGUUUGGCGAAAAAAUGCUCUUAUCCUUCCAAAAAAGUACUAUCCAAAAUGCUGCUAGAGGCACCGCACUUAAGAAGAGAAUUCACUCAGAGGGUACACCCCAAUAUAUGCUUCACUGAGCAAAAAAAAUCCAGAGGUCUUUAUGAUCCUAGAGAAACAAGGGGUAGCGUUCAAGACUUGGUAGCUGCAAGCUGUCUGUGUAGGGUGGACUCUGUCCAGAUGCCCAAGGUGUGUCCAAACAACAGCCUAGUGCAGCUGGCCCUGACUGGCAGAGAGAUUAGCUUGUUAAUUUGUAUGAAAGCAGGCUGAAUAUACUGUUAGAUGGCUCUCAGAAUUUGUGUUCUGCAUGUUGCAUAGUCUAUAAAGAUGAUAAGCAAGUUGCUGACAGAAUAAUAUUAUAAGGCGAUGUACUACAUGCAGAUCAUAAAGGAUUUAGUUUUAGGGCUUAAGGCUAAAAUCCCACUCCUGCAAUUUAUUACCCAACAAUAUUCAAGUAAUGAGCUUUUUGAUUUCCCACCACCAGCACCACCACUAGGAAGAUUUACCAAGGAACUCUCUAAAUUAUCUCCACACGUUUCCAAGAACUGUAUAAAACAGGGGUGAAAGCCCUUUUGCUUAUUAAGACCAAAAAGACCUUUCAAACAUCUCUGCUGGGUCACAGAUUCACACAUCCUAGAAUGCUUCAAUAAAAAUGUGAAAAAUAAAAAAAGAUCGCAUGGCUGUGAGCCAUAUGAAAUGAAGCUACGGGUUUACAUCCUCUCCAUGGAUCUUAUUGCAUAGUUGUAUUCCUCAACCCAGCAUAAAACGAGGAAUGGGGAUAAGCAUGCAGAGAGAGAGAGAGGAAAAAAUACACAAGCACUUGUGUCUCCAAGAGCUUCAUACUGCCAAUUUCUUGAGCCCUUCGAUAUCAAAUUUUCUGUGAAGCACCUUGCAUGUUUUUGAGUAACUGUCAUUCAAAAAAAAAAAAAGAAAAAAAAAAGAAAAAAAGGUAUAACAAGGGUAUCCUACAGCAUGGCCCAUGACUCUCCACUUGACAGCAAUGCUUUGGACCAUUCGUGUAGAAUAUUCUGUUUGUGUUGUUACAUUUUUUGGGUAGCGUCUGGUAAAAUGAGGUGCUUGUUCAUCACUGGGGCUUCUGAGUGCUACAGCAAUACGACAAGUAAACAGGAGUCGCUGUUCUGUACACAAGGAUUUCCCCAACUCUUAUUUUCACAGGCCCUGAUUCAGGACUGCUCUUAAACGCAUAUAAGUAGCAUCCUGAAGACUAAAAUGAACAACAAAAAAAGACAGGAAAAAGGAAAAAAAACCAACAACAGGAUGGUUUUCUGAUUUGAGGAAACAAACAUCAUGCCUUGCAAUGCCUCUUCCUUCCAUAUCAUCCAAAAAACCGGGGUGCAGCAGUUCUGAGAUAAUUAGAAGCACAUUUCAACAAAGAACACAUAUUCGAGAUCUCCUUAAGAUGCCUGCCUAGGUUGUAUAAAACACUACUAGAAAAAAAAAAAAAAGAAAAAGAAAAAAAAGUAAAAACAUGAAAAGAGCUGCCAAUUGGACAACAUGGGGAAGCAGUUCAAUCCCAUGUUGGUUUGUUUUAUUUUUCUUUUUCUUUAUUUUUUUAAGCUAUUUCUAAAUAAUAAAUGCACAUGAAGUGUUAAAUAUGUAUAUACUGUAUUUCAAAAAAAAUUAAAAAAUCAAACGAAUGGGGCACAAGAUUGUUCUAUAAGUCGUGCUGGCUAAUUUUUAGUUUGUAUUCAUAAGUGGUUUUUAAAAGCCUUUUUUAAAGUGUAAUUUGCAUGUUCUACUUUGAUUGUAUGUAAACAUAUUUUAGAGCAAAAAAAUGUAUUUGUAUUUUAUUGAAUAUAGAGGCAAGAAAAAAAACUUGUACAUUGUUUGAAAUGUUCUUUUUGUAACAGUUUUUAUUCAUGAAGCAUUUUUGUACAUUUAAAAAUGGAUAUGGACUUGAUGUUCUUUGAGGCUUAGAUACAUCUGGCAUGCUUUAAUGUCAUGCUCCUUCAUGAUCUUAGAUGUUGGUUUUUAAACAUUUUUUUCUAAAACAAAGCUCAGUCCUUUCGCUACCAAAUCAGGUUAGCACAGUAUAGAGCACUUAACUAAAAAAAAAAAAAAAAAAAAAAAGUUAAUCCUAUUCAUAUGUUAUUCAUUGUGUGAAAUUAAAGGAAUUCAAUUCAGUCUAA